AUGCCAGAUGAAGGAUAUAUACCUGAUGCCGAUAUAGACGUUAGUACGGACGGACAGUAUUCAUCUUUGGCUCCUGGAGAAGAGACUACAAAUGCUGGUUCCACAAAGUCCUUAUCCGAGCAUGCUUACCAGGUGGUGGAGGAAAAUGGCCGUCAAUAUUGUGACAAUACAUAUUUCAUGCCGAAUGACGAACGAGAACAGACUCGCUUAAACAUUGUUCAUCAGAUGUAUCUCAUCAUCCUAGAAGGCCGAUUGACAAAGUGUGCUCUCCCUCAAUCGAUAAAAAGAGUUCUCGAUGUUGGCUCCGGACCUGGUGAUUGGGCGCUCGCCAUGGGGGACGAGUUCCCAAAUGCCGAAAUAAUAGCCACCGAUAUCAGUGUAUUUGAUAUCCAGUCAGUUGGUAUAUGUCCGCCAAAUGUGUCCUUUCAAAUAGAUGACGCUCAAGGGGAGUGGACAUUUAAUGAGCCGUUUGAUUUUAUCCAUGUCAGAGGAUUGGGCGGUGGAAUUUCUGACUGGGCUCUAUUUUACCAGCAAGCAUACCAGCACCUUGCUCCUGGAGGGUUUAUACAGGUAGCGGAUAGUGCUCUUUUGACAGGUGAUAUAACUCUGCCGAAUGCUCCCCCAAACUCGUACCUCAGCAUAUACCUUGGAGCGCUCGGCUCCGCUGCGGAAAUGGCAGGGUACCCUCGAAGUUUUAAUCACCUUCGUUCUGCUGCCUUCGAGGCAGCUGGAUUCACUGAUAUCCGCAUAUAUGACACCAAUAUCCCUGUAGGCACCUGGCCUGCAGAUCCACAGGAGAAAACUCUUGGAAAAAUGACGUUGAUUGUCCUGUUUGAAAGCCUCGAGGCUACCAGUAUGCGCCUCUUAACAAAAUACCUUGGCUGGACAGCGGAAGAGGUUAUAGAUCUGUGUAAAAAAGUGCAAUUGGAAAUUUUAGCGAGCGAAGGCAUGGGGGGACUGGUAAAGAUAGUUGUGGCCCGGAAGCCACAACAGUUACUGAGACCUUGUUGA